UGCUCUGUCUUCCCGCUGCAGCCGCCCGAAGAAAAAAAAAGGGGAACCCAGCCAGCCUUGAGAAACCGGUGAGAUAAGCUUGGUUUUCUCCUUCCUUUCUUGCUCUAGAACACACCUAGAACCCAGAAAUCUUCCCCCCCUGCUGGAAAAUCCCGAAUCUGCUCUGUCUUUCCUCCCCUGUCCGCCGGCUGCUCUUGCUUGUGGGUGUGAUUUUCGGUCCUUCUUGGCCGUGAGUUUCUCCCUUGCACUGCCGUCGGCCUCUUCCCCCCUGUAGCUCCGGUUUCUACAGCUGGAGAAUUAUGGUAUGUGACAGCCUUUUAAGGCUUAAAUUAUCCAUUUAAAGUUGCUGCUUGUGAUGUCCGAAUUUGGCUAGGAAAUGGGGAAAUUCCGGUAGCAAUUAAGGGGGAUUUAAGUGUGUUUGUUGCUUAAUUCAAGUGAGAUUUAUAUGAUUGAGUGUUAAUUGCUUGUUGUGAUUUUUGGAGAGAAAAUCCCGUGAAUUAGCUAGUGUUUUGGCCAAUUUGUGGAAGUAGAGUUACUGUUCACGUCGGGGUCACUGUUCACCGGCAUUGUUCACCGGUUACUGUUCACACCCCGAGGGCCAACAAUUAACGGGGAUUUAAAUGAUUAGUUUGUGAUAUGAGAACGAAUUUGGAGAUAUUUGAUUAUCUUGAAUUUGUGAUAGUCAAGUAUUAAUUCUGUGGAUAUUUUGAUUAGGUUCUUGAUUGUUCUGUCAGUUUAGUACGUGACUUGAGUGCUCGGUUUUGCGAAGUAAGGUAAGUAAAUUUAUGGUAAUGCCCGUAUUGUUUUAAAAGCAUGUUUUGAUUUGUUUUUGAAGUGGUGGCGGGACUAAACCCGUUUUACACAAGUAUGACUGAUUUGAAGUGAAAUGUUUUGUGCUUUUCAUGAAAUUGAGCAUGCCUGCUUGAAAUUUAAGUGACUGUCCUGAUGAUCUGAAAGUGAUUGUGAAUUGUGAUUUUUCUGUUAACUUCUACCUGUUUUGUCUCCGAUAUGGUCAUGUUAUUCGUGUGCCCGCUAGUGGGAGGUUUAUAAACGCUAGCACAUGUCGACAUGUUAUUGAUAGAACCGAUUCGUUCGAGUGACCCUGCUAGUGGGGGUUAUACACCAGCAAAUCGUGUGCCCACCAGUAGGAGGUUUAUAAACGCUGGCCAUGACCUAUAGAGGAGACGUCUAUUUCGUGCCCGUACUGUAUCCGUUUUUCGUGAUUGUACUUGUUGGCAUGCUAUAAGUUUAAUUAAGGGCACUCCAUAUUUACUUACUGAGUUUAUCUCAUAGUUUUUCCUUGUCCACCAUUUCAGGAUGUGAAAUCGAGGACGGGGAAACCACGGGAAGUGA